CCCCGCUCCAGUGCACUGAGGAGUUUCGCCCAGGGCGUGAAGAAGCGACCUUCGCUCCGCACGAGCCGAGCGCCCGCUGCCCGCCCGCCUCUAGGACCCAGCGGAGCCGGGGCGCUCGCUAAUCGCUCGCCCAGCAGCACCUGCUUGCCUGCCUGCCCGGCCGGCGGGCGUUCGCUCGGCCGCUCGCUCCUCACUCAGCACAGCGGCGCCGCCACGAUGGUGCAGCCGCAGCCGCUCGCCGUGAGCUACUUGUGGCUCGGGCUGGGCUUGUGGGCGUCGCUGCCGCCGGCGGGCCGGGCGCUGCCCGAGGUGCUAUUCCGCUGCCCGCCGUGCACCGCCGAGCGCCUGGCCGCCUGCCCCCCGCCGCCGCCCGCCUCGGCGGAGCCCGACUCCGCCGCCUGCCCGGAGCUGGUGCGGGAGCCCGGCUGCGGCUGCUGCCGCGUCUGCGCCCGCCUCGAGGGGGAGCCCUGCGGGGUCUACACGCCGCGCUGCGCCUCCGGGUUCCGCUGCUACCCGCGCCCCGGCUCCGAGCUGCCCCUGCAGGCGCUCAUGCAGGGACAGGGCACCUGUGCCGAGCGGAGCGACGCCGCCGACGGGGGAGCCGCCAGCGUCGAGCACCGCGGGAACGAUAAUGAGGAACAUUCUGAAGCAUCUAUUGCAGAGAACUUUGUGGAUAGUGCCACCAACGUUGUGAGUGGAGGUGGCUGGUUAAAGGCUCCGAAAAAUGGCAAGGAGAUUGCUGUCAGGCGCGAUAAGGUGAUUGAGCAGCAAAAGCAGAUGGGCAAGACUGUCAAGCACCUCCCUCAGAUUGAGCUGCGGCCGCCAUCUCCCCGGACCCCCUGCCAGCAGGAAUUGGAUCAGGUCUUGGAACGUAUCUCAACCAUGAGGCUGCCAGAUGAACGUGGUCCCUUGGAGCACCUUUAUGCCUUGAAUAUCCCAAACUGUGACAAGCAAGGCCUUUACAACCUCAAGCAAUGCAAAAUGUCGGUGAAUGGCCAACGAGGGGAAUGCUGGUGUGUUAAUCCCAACACUGGAAAAACCAUCCAGGGAGCCCCCACCGUUCGUGGAGAUCCCGAAUGCCACCUCUACUACACUGGGCAUGAGCAGGAGGACCGGGGAGUACAUGCCGCACAUGUGCAAUAGAUGGACGUGUUCCCACUCACUGGCAGGCAGCUUGGCCUAACCUCAGUGCUGGAUUUUACAUGGGUUUCGAUGCAUUUUGAGUCUCUCCUUUUUCUUUUCUUGUUUUUACAGCAGAUUUUUCUCUUCUUUGUGGGCUACACAUACCCGCUCAGUUGCUUGCCUUGAAACCAUUGGGGAAGAAUUGCAAAGGGGCUAGUUAGAGAAGGACUGGUUCCUCAGCCUUUUUAGUUUUUUCCUGAGACCUAGUGCUUUCGCUUACACACCUGCCAGAAACAAGCUCAUGUCAGAGAGCUCACCUACCCAAUUCAUCCAGGCUUUUCCAAAGAGCCAAGGUGUUCAUGCUCCCAACAGGCUAGUCAAAAGAAUCUUUGUCCCGAUGUCUCCUUGCCCCUCACACACCAAAGACUGUAAAUGCUGCAUGUUGCCUGCUACACAGGGCCCUGACAACCUGUCCCAUUUGGUCAAUGGGGGGCUGUAGCAGAAAUGGGGGUGCUGAGAAGAUUAGUGUCCCGAACGCCUCCAGCAGGAAUGCUGCCCGAGGGAGCCACCUCAGGCCACCACCUCCUCCCACAAGCUGUUUCACAAAAGGUCCUCACAGGUGCAGCCAGCCCACUUCACCUUGUUCGUUGAGAACCGAAUGCCAUGAGCUGUUGUGCCACAUCCCAGUUUCUCAUAGGCAGAACCGUAUGAUUGCAUUCAGCCCCUCAGGGGCCCAAUCCUAAAAAGUGCUUCUAUGCAGGAAUCUUGUCAUGCCAAUGCUACUCUUCUAAUGCCAAAUCUACUCUCUUCCAGGUCAGGUAUAGUAAGUUGAAAACACAAAGGAAAGGGGUCAGAUAUUGGAGGAACAACCCUAGAAUUUAUUUCCCCAGGAAGCAAAAACCCAUUUAAAACCCACUUUCAUGCUGCUGCCAGCGUCCCUCUUUCCUGUUGGCACAGGACCCAACUUGAAAGAUAUGUUUUGUUUUUAAGUACACUACAUUAUAUAUAUAUAGUGCUUUGUAAAGCCCCAGAGCAGCAAACAGACAUAUACAUACACACACACACUUUCACUCACUCACUCUCACACACACAACACACACACACAGCUGAAUAAAUAGUAUCUGGAAACUAAGGGUGAUGUGGUGUUCAAUAUGCAGUUCACAAGAAUGGGUUAUGUUUCUCUGAUAUUGUUUUACACUCUUGAUUUUAUUUCUGUGAGGCUCAUGCAAACGCUGAAAUUUGACUGAGCAGCUGUAUGGAUGAUGCAGUUUUCUUAUAUAUCAAUGCCAAUUUAUAUUUACAGGACAAUUGCUAGGUUCAUUUGCUUCAUGUAAUUGUUGGAAGUUGGAAAUUUUGUGUGCGCGUGUUUUUUUUACAAAACAAUAUAUUGGAAGAAAAACCAUAAGCAUGUGUAAAUGGUCUCUCUUUCUGUGGAAAUAAUCUUGCAACAGGAAGAUGACUACAUGUUGGUUCCUGUCUGAAAUAAGAUUUCUCCUUGGCCCAACCAGCCACUUCUAUCAUCUUAUUCCCAUAUGCCAAGCUGUUUUUCUUGUCCCUAUAUGGCCACAUUGGAAGGGAAAUCCCUUCAAAAUCCCACUCAUAGGAGCUGGAGAUUUCCCCCUGCAUUAUGAGAAAAAAACGAGAUAGUUCAUUGCCUGCAGGCUUUGCUACCUCAGAUACAAAUAAGUAUAUAUGAAGCAGCCCUAAGAGAAAUGGCUUGUGGGGGAUUAAUGCUUAGCUUGAUUCUUAAGGCAGAGAUCAGCUGAAGGUAAUGAAGUGAGAUUUCAACACUAUGGCAAAAAAUAGGGACAGCCAUUAAGAAGUCUGCUGGAUUGUGCCAGAUGAGAGUAGCAGAGGUGUGCUAAAAUGCUGUUUAAGCUUUUGUGCAGACAAGAGUGCCUGCUCUGUGAGGAAGUGCAGAAAAGGGAGAUGGUGUACGUGAUUAUAAUGGGAAUAUGCACAGAAGAGGUUUUUGUAGUGGACACUGUAUACUGUCCAAAGAAUUAAAGCAUUUAGAUAAGAUGACACAGUCUAACUUGCUGCUGUAAUGGAUGAAUGUAACAAGAAGCAACUCACCAACUGAUGGGUGAUACUACGCACUUUCAGUUUGUCUUUGGCAUAUCCGAUCCCUCGCUUCUCGGACAAGAACUGGCCUUAAUGCUGUUGCAACCCCAACAAGCAAACAAAAAAAAUCUGCUCCUUUUAACCUAGUUUUUAGCUCCAGUCUGUUUAGCAUCCAAGAACAGUAGUGAUAGUGCCUUGAUGGGGAAUACUACCUGCUCCUCAAUUUUAAACUUUUAGCUGUAGAUCUAUCAAGAACAAACCUAGAACUGUGGUAGAUAACAAAAGCAUUGAAGAAAUCAAAACACCUCCAAGUUCUGGAGGCAUGUUUCUUUUUGCUGUUUUUACCUCUGGGAGGCAUCCAGAUUUCAUACUGCAACAGCAAGUAAUUGUAAGAGGGAAAAAUGGUGCUAUCUGUUUUCUGUUGAUAUCCAUCAAAGACAAAUUGGGGUGCUUUCCCAGUUUAAACAUUGCAAACAUCAGGUCUCAGCUGCAAUCUGUAUUCUUGUUUAGAAAUCACGCUUUCUUUUCUCUUUUUUGUGUUGAUUGCUAAACUUCAAGAAAGUUGGAAUAAAUUAAAUGGGAUGCCAAACCAAAAUAAAAUGUCUUGACCUCUGGUUUUAAUGUAACGUGGAUAGUCCAUCAGAAUUCUUCAUUUAGGCCCUUUGUCUUGACAUGCCCUGAAAAUACCCACUUGUUGAUUUCCUUACCUGCUCAGGGCAGUGGGAUCUCUUACUCAAACCAGUUUGUUGAUAUGGGUCAGAUGAAUCUUUAAAGCAAAGCUUUAAUUUGCUUAUUACUAGGGA